CUCGCUUGACGCCUUAAGGGACCAGCUCCUCCGCAUCCGAAAACUCCAACAACAGCGGGCACUGCGACCACCGCCUUCUUUCUAGGCUUACGACCAACUCUUGAUAGUGGCUAGCCCACUACGUUAUGGAUACCUAGGUAGUUGCCUGUCACCAUACCACCUUUAUUCGAAACCCCAGCCUCUCCUCCGAGGCCUCGCACCCCCACCAACAGCCUACAUCGAACAGGCCCUCUGACCACGAUGCUCGUUUCCCUGCAAGAGCAGGAUCUCUGUCAUCAAUUACGGAAUCUCCCUAGGCGCUAUAACUACCGCUAUACCCAAGAAGCCCGCAGAGACCUUCUCCAGAUUCUCUUUCGGUCGCUCGCUGGUCGUGAUGACUACCUGCCGCUCCUGUUCCCCACCGGGCCUCCCGCCGAACCAGACACUCCGUGGAGCUUGCGAGAUGCUCAGGGAGCGGUAGAGGGAGCGGAAUACUCGGCUGCAGCGAGGGGGAAGCCUUGCGGGCAUAUCUUCAAGAGCGGUGAAGCAACCUACCGGUGCAAGACGUGUAGAGCAGACGAUACCUGUGUUCUGUGCGCUCGCUGCUUCGAUGCGUCAGACCAUGAGGGCCACCAAGUCUAUGUCAGUGUCUCUCCAGGAAAUUCUGGUUGCUGCGAUUGUGGCGAUGACGAAGCCUGGGUGCGCCCUGUUCAUUGCAACAUCCAUUCGGCCGCCGCAGGGCCAGAGUCCAAGUCCGCAGGGAAAGCCAGGGAAGGAUCCUCAUUACCGCCUGAACUUUUGGAGAGCAUUCGCAUGACCAUCGCGAGAUCACUGGACUACCUCAUCGAUGUCUUCUCGUGUUCUCCAGAGCAGCUCCGUUUACCGAAGACUGAGCAAUCGAUACUGGAGGAUGAGCGGACAUCCCGGCUGACUUCAAAAUGGUACGGUGUCGGUGACCUCCCUGAAGACCACCAGGAGUUUACCCUAGUCUUAUGGAAUGACGAAAAGCACACCGUGAAUGAUGUUCAAGACCAGGUCUCCCGAGCCUGCAAACAGAGGAAGCAGUUUGGUCUCUCCAAGGCCCAUGAGGUUGACGAUGUUGGUAGAAGUGCCAUUGUGUAUUCUUCUGACAUCAAGGAGCUUUUGCGCAUGGCAAAGGUCAUCGAAGAGAUCAAGUUGACUGUCACCAUUCGUUCUGCACGCGAUACUUUCCGAGAGCAAAUGGGUGGAGCCAUCAUUGCUUGGAUUUCGGAUAUAGCAGGCUGCAGCGUCGGAGACGAUAAUCAGGUCCUUCGGCGUACAGUCUGCGAAGAACUCCUAAAGCCCUGGCGCGUUGGCAGCGAGGCUUCACAUCAGAAUAUUGGUGAAGAUGGCCUUGACGAUCACGAGAUAGAAGAUAAGGAUGAAAUCAGCGGCUUCCUCCAUCAAUACAUGCCUCGUCAGCGGCGUACGCAGACGCAGAGGAGACGAGAGCGGCAAAACGCUAACAAUGGCAACAAUGAGGAUACUACCGCUUCCGAUGAAGACGAGGACGAGGAGGGCGAGAGUGUAGGGGAGCUUGCAGAAGAUAUGGAUAUUGACGAGAUACUGGGUCCAGAUAAUGAUGGUGAUGUAGACAUGGAGCCUUACGAGAGCCCAGAUGAGGCGCUUGAGGUAUCUGAAGCGACCAUCGCCGGUUACCCGCCGCCGCCACCACCACCUCCUCCGCCAGGCGUUCGACGACGGGACCCUAAUUUGACGCCAGCGGAGUCGGAUAGUGAACCCAUAGUUGCGGCACCUCCGCCUAGUCAUGUAGAACCUUCCCUCCAAGUUCCUGAGACACCUCAUACUCCUCGAACACGGCCACGACCGCUACGGCCACCUCGCCCUGCCAGGUACUGGCUAGAGAGACCUGAUAGUUAUGGGAAGAAACCGGGUACUCCUGCACAUGAAGAUCUCUGGGUUCGGUUGCGUUUAGACCAUUUGAUUCUUUACGACCUAAGAAUGUGGAAGAAGCUACGGGUUGGCGUACGCGACGUCUUCAUUAGCACAGUCGUCACUAUCCCUCAAUUCAAGCGUCUACUCGGCCUUCGGUUUGCUGGGGUUUACACGGCACUGGCCCAAUUGUACCUCAUCGCCGAUCGAGAGCCAGAUCAUUCCAUCAUCAAUCUAUCUCUACAGAUGCUCACCACUCCGUCCAUCACCGCAGAGGUUGUGGAGCGAGGCAACUUCCUUACGAAUCUCAUGGCAAUACUUUAUACAUUUCUCACCACUCGACAAGUCGGAUACCCCUGGAACGUCGAUCCCAAGGCAACUCUAGCAUUCGAGCAAGGUGCUGUGACGAAUCGGCGAAUGUAUCACUUCUUCCUCGAUAUGAAAUAUUUGCUGGGCUCAGAGCAUGUUCAAGAGAGAAUAAGGGAAGAGGAUCAGUACCUGUUACAAUUCCUUGAUUUGGUUAAACUACACCAAGGCAUAUGCCCUAACGUCCGUGCAGUUGGGGAGCAUCUUGAGUACGAAACCGAAGCAUGGAUCAGCGCUUCCCUCAUUACCCGAGAGAUAAACAAGCUGUGCAGACAGUUCUCUGAAGCAUUUUCUUGGCACCGGGAUGAAGACCCAACAAACAUACGCCGUGCGAUUCGUUUGGCUGCCAAGGUUGCCAUCGUUAAUUCACUUGGGUCCGAACGAAAACGAUUUGACCAGUCUGAGCUGAAGUCCGAGACGAGGUUUAAGACUCUUGAUGUUUUUGAGUUUGAUGCUGAACCAUCCACUUUCUUCGGCCUCAAAUACAGAAUCGUCGACUUCGUGGUUGCCAAGGAGCCUAUGAGUUUCCACCAUGCCCUGCAUUACACCUUAUCCUGGCUUAUCGACCGUGCACGAAGCAUGCCUCACGAUCACCUUUUUGGUCUGCUUCUAUUCUCUUUCCAAGAACUACAAGAGCCAUACACGCCUCAAGGCGCCCUUAUUCCCGACUUGCAACCUGAUGAGUACCUUCUCGCACUAUUCGAUUUCCCUCUUCGGGUGUGCGCAUGGCUUGCACAGAUGAGGGCUGGUAUCUGGGUCAGGAACGGCCUUACUCUAGCACGCCAUCAAAUGACCCAGUACAGGAGCGUCUCACAGCGGGAUGUGUCCUACCAACGAGACAUUUUCCUCCUACAAACUGCAUUGGUAAUAUGCAAUCCAUCGGCCUUCCUUGCAACCAUGGUCGAUCGAUUUGGUCUACUGGGCUGGAUGACUGGCCAGUACGACAAUCAACAUACAUUUGAGGAGGGCCAAGCCGUUGAAGUCGUUGAGGAUUUUGUCCAUCUUCUCAUCAUACUCCUUAGCGACCGGACAGCCCUUAUUCCUGUUGAGGACGACAUCGAUCCUCAUAUAGUGGCUAUGCGAAGAGAUAUUGCGCACAUCCUAUGUUUCAAACCUCUUUCCUACUCAGACUUGACAGGUCGCUUGGCCGACAAAACCCAGAACAUGGAUGAAUUCCCUAAAGUCCUUGAGGAGAUGACCAAAUUCAGACCCCCGGAAGGCUUGUCUGAUACUGGAACCUUCGAGUUGAAGGAGCAGAACAUUGAAUUAAUUGAUCCCUACAUUCACCAAUACUCCCGAAAUCAGCGCGAGGAAGCCGAGACAAUCUACAAGAACUAUAUGGCCAAGAAAACCGGAAAGCAGGCUAGUGACAUUGUCUUCGAGCCAAAACUUCGACCGAUUCCUUCUGGUCUUUUCCGAAACCUCUCAGAUUUUACGAGGCAGCCUUUUUUCACCCAGAUCAUCUACUAUUUACUAGGAUACGCACUAGUUGCGGGGAGUGUUACCCCUGGAAUUCCAGCUACCCGCGUUGAGGCUUACGUCCAAUUUGUUCUGCAAUUGCUUUUAGUAGCAGUGCUUGAAGACAAAUCCGAGCAUCACGAGUGGUCUCAAGCUGCGCCGGAGUCGUUUGUCACGUCAGUUUUGACGAAGCACGCAAAUUUUGGUCUAGACCAUCAUCCUACCAUCCUCUCAAUCCUCAAGACACUUCUCGAGAAGGAGAUGUUCAAGUCGUGUGAGCCAAAGAUAAAAUUGAUUCUUCACCGACUCAAGCAGCGCCAACAGAGUACGUUCAUCAUUGCUUCGGAGGCUCUGCACAUGCCGGUUGACCGAAUGGACACAUCAUCUCCCGCCUCUGUUACUCUUCAGGAGAAAGAACUGAAAAAGAAACAAGCUCUAGAGAGACAAGCUCGAGUCAUGGCAUCUUUUAAAGAGCAGCAAGGGAAAUUCAUGGCGAAUCAGGACUUUGAUUUGGGAGAGGAGGACUUCAGUGAUUUCGAUGAAGCUGGUUCCCAUGCAGCUGAGCAAGAAAAGGUGGUGAAAUAUCCAUCUGGUACCUGCAUUCUCUGCCAAGAAGAAACCAACGACCUGCGGCUGUACGGGACAUUUGGAUAUGUUUCUGAAAGUAGCAUACUUCGCCUCACGGAUUUGAAGGACAAUGAUUGGGUUGAAGAAGUGACCCAAACCCCGAUCAGCCUUGAUCGCUCUGCAGAUUCAUUAAGGCCCUUCGGUGUGGCUGGAAAAAACAGACGAAUUGUUGAAAAGAUCACCUCUACUGGAGAAACAAUUCUCACUGAGAGGCAAGACCUGGGAAAAGGGUUUCCCUGCUUGCAAACUAGGAGAGGACCAGUCUCCACCGGCUGUGGACAUAUCAUGCACUACUCUUGCUUUGAAGUGUAUCUUCAAGCCACGCAGCGACGCCAUGUCAGCCAAAUUGCGCGCAAUCAUCCCGAGCGACCAGAUGCCAAGGAAUUCAUGUGUCCUCUCUGUAAAGCGCUUGGCAAUAUGUUCUUACCCAUCAUUUGGAAAGGACAGAAAGUCCAAUAUCCUGGGUCCCUAGCAACGGAGAACACUUUCGAUGAUUGGAUCGGUUCGCAAGUUGCUAUCAGCAUCUCAAAACUAGACAAGAGUCCUGAGAGAAAUAAUGGAGAGGCACCAGCGAGUCUGAAUCGGCAACAAAAGGCGCUCUACGACUAUGGUAUGCACGACUUUAUCCCUACGGUAGCGAGCCGACUUCCGGAUAUCGUGAAGUCAACCUUACUUACCAUGCCUGUACUCCAACCCACAACGCAGCCGCGUUUCCCGGUCCAGGUUCCUGGAUUCCUCUCAGCACAGAACGAUGAUCCUCGUGAGCCUGUAGUACUCCCAUCGGAGAGUACCCCUGCGGUUCAAAAUUCCCCAAUGUCCGAGCUUGUGAAGAUAUACCAGCGAAUUCGAGAUACAUUCCGAGUCAACGCGAUAUUUUCGACCUUUACAUAUUUACACUCGACGGUCGUUGAAGAUUUGACACAUACGGACACCCUUGCGAGGGCUUUGGGCUAUUCGAUCUCCGCAGUCGAAAUUGCUCAAAGAGGAGUACAAACAGAUCAUGUGAAGGGCACAUUGAUUGACAAAAUAUCCCCCCAGUCAUUAACCCAUUUGCGUGUGUUCUCGGAGACUGUGUCAUCGUACAUUACUAUCGGGAGCAUUCGGAACCAGGGUUCAACGAAGACCAUGGAAGAAUACCUGAAUAGCCAGUACCGGCAACUCCAUCAGCUUUUCAUUGGACAUCCCAAUAUGUUCGAUCCAGACACCCUACCGUAUGAUCUGAAGGGCAUACCGCCUUUGCUGAUGCAAGACCCGUUUAUACUCCUCGCGGAAUGUGCGAUAUGCGUUGUGCCAGCUCUCAAUCUCGAUAUCCACCAUGUCGUACGAUUAUGCUACUUGGCUGAGAUUGUGCGAGUUGUGCUAGCUUUUGCGGCCGACGGAAGUGAGUUGCUCGAGGAGACCGGUGACACCAAAGCGAAAGCUGCAGCCUCUGAUAUUCAAGCGCGUUUCCUGCACCCUGAACGAUUUAUCAAUGCCGAGAAGGUCAGCAACGGCAAUUUUAGACAGGACGAAAUGAACAAUCUGUUCUACUUCGUUUCACGUAUCUUCAAUAUCGCCAAUCUCCAAGACGCUCCAACCGCAGUGGACCUAGACAAUCCGGACCUUCAGGUGCAAACCAAAUUUGGCGAUCCCAAGUUCCUCUACUUCAUCUACACUAUGGCUUCUACUUACGCUCUGCCUUUCUUGCGAAAGGCUGCAAUCCUAAUGCAUGUUCGCUAUGGUGUGGAACUCCCUCAUAUUGCCUACGAGCGUGUCGAUGAGCCCGAGCUUGACCGUCUCUCUUCGCUUCUGAGGCUGCCUUCGCUCCACGAGGUAUUUGCUUCCUUUAGCGCCAAUACACCGGGUGGUUACGCUACACGCUCGGUCGCUGCAGGUUGGAUUCGCCACUGGAUCUGGGCACGAGAAGGCAAAGGCCCUCUGCAAUCAUCACUGGCCCUAUCCCACCCCGCCAUUUUCGAGCUUGUUGGACUACCGAAGAACUAUGAUACACUUACAGACGAAGCAAUUCGUCGAAGGUGUCCAACAACGGGCAAGGACCUUACCGAUCCGUGUGUGUGCCUCUUUUGUGGUGAAAUUAUGUGUAGCCAAGGCGUUUGCUGUAUGACGGACAGGAAUAGGGGUGGAUGUAAUCAGCACCAGACUAAGUGCGGUGGGAACAUCGGUCUUUAUAUCAACAUCCGCAAAUGCAUGGUGCUUUUCCUGAACCUGGAUAAUGGGACCUGGGCUGUAGCUCCUUACUUGGACAAGCACGGAGAGGUUGACCCCACACUUCGAAGGCAACACCAGCUCUACUUGAAUCAGAAGCGAUAUGAUGUGUUAUUGAGGAAGGUGUGGUUGGAGGGUGGGAUUCAGAGCCUUAUUGCAAGGAGGCUCGAGGGAGAUAUCAACAAUGGAGGAUGGGAGACACUGUGAAUGGGUCUACUCGUAAAUGCACAUGGCGCAAAGGGGAAUUCAGAAAGGGAAAAUGAGACCUUCAAAGCAUGUGACCAAAGCGGUCGCCUUUGAGGAAGGUAACAAGUUCCUGAAACGCUUUUGGGUAAAGCAUUGGGAGAAGUAUUAGUUAGAGGCGUAUUUUUGCGUUAUGCAUAAUGAAUCGAAUUCUUC